GGACCUAAAAAAAUUGCUAACAUAGAAACAAAAUCCUAGCAAAAAUGGAAACCAACUUCACCACUCCGUUUUCGACAUUAACAAAUAUGACCUGUGACCUGUAUGCACAUCGAAAUGUAGCAAAAUUCUUAAUGCCUCUUCAUUACAGUACUGUCUUCAUCAUUGGACUUCUUGGUAACCUAUUAGCCUUGUCUGUCAUUUUUCAAAACAGAAGAAAAAUUAACUCCACCACACUCUAUUCAACAAAUCUCGUCAUUUCUGAUAUACUUUUUACUACUGCUCUGCCAACCCGGAUAGCCUACUAUGCAAUGGGGUUUGACUGGAAAAUUGGUGAAAGCUUGUGUAGGAUAACUGCUCUUAUAUUUUACAUUAAUACAUAUGCAGGUGUGAACUUCAUGACUUGCUUGAGUAUCGAUAGGUUCUUGGCUGUGGUCCACCCUCUUCGAUACAAUAAGAUGAAAAGAAUCAAACAUGCCAAAUGUGUGUGUAUAUUUGUCUGGAUUCUUGUAUUUGCUCAGACACUCCCACUACUCAUACAUUCUAUGUCAAGGGAAGAAAACGGAAGGACAACUUGCAUGGAAUAUCCAAAUUUUGAAGGAACAGACCAUCUUCCUUGGAUUCUCCUUGGCGCCUGUUUAAUAGGUUAUGCUAUUCCACUUGUAAUCAUACUUAUAUGCUAUUCUCAAAUAUGUUGUAAACUCUUCCAAACUGCUAAACAAAAUCCACUGACUGAGAAAUCUGGGGCAAACAAAAAGGCUCUCAACACAAUCAUUUUUAUAAUUAUUGUAUUUGUUGUCUGCUUCACCCCUUAUCAUGUCGCAAUUAUCCAACAUAUGAUUAAGAAGCUACAAAAAGAACCAGAUUGUAAAGAACAACAAAUAUUCCAGAUUUCCCUCCAUCUUACUGUUUGCCUAAUGAACUUCAACUGUUGCAUGGACCCUUUUAUAUAUUUCUUUGCAUGCAAAGGUUAUAAGACAAGGGUUAUGAAAAUGUUGAAACGUCAAGUUAGCGUAUCAAUUUCAAGUGCUGUUAGAUCAGCUCCUGACGAAAACUCACGUGAGAUGACAGAAAAUCAAACAAUGAUCCAUUCUAAGUCUUUAAAUGGAAGGUAA